CUGAAAGUGUUAACGACGACUUGAAACUUGAAACGCUGUGGAAUAGUGAAUUACUUGUGAAAUUUAAAUUUCCUCUUGAGGCACCUUUUGCGCUAUUUGUAGCGAUAGAAUUUCAUCGUUUAUCCGUUACACUUUACCAUUCGGAGCAACAUUUCGAGUAUAAAUCGGGAAUUUAUUAUUUGUUCUCCCAUCGGGAUAGUAAUUGUUCGCUAAAGUUGAAAGAAAUCGGUCCUGUGAAGAAAAUAAAUUGAAAUUUUGGUACUUUUGAUUGUUUUUCACAACUUUUCGUGAGAAUUGAAGCAAAAGCAGCCAAAAAUUUACGAGAAAAAAGGGACUUUACACACGCACACAAACGUUCAACUUCAUAUCAGAAGGAAAAAAAGAACUUGGAGUGAAUAAUAAAUUUUUUGUUGUGUGUCGUAUAGUUGUUGUUGUUGUUACAGAGAGUAGUAGUAAUAAAAUACUCCGAAAAAAAAAGUAAUUUGAUGCAAUUGUUCUUCCAUCCAAGUGAGAGAGACGUGAAGAUUGGAAGAAAGUAGUGAAGUGAACUCGUAAAAAUACAAGGAAACAUGCAAUUUUACAGUUACGAGCAAAACUAUUCUAAUCUUCUUCUUCUCAUAGAAAAUAAUUAAUUAAUUCAAAAUAUACUUGUUUGGGCCCCUCGUUAGUUCUCUCGCGUCGUUGCGUUUGAACGAGGGUGUAUGUGACAAAAGUUGAAAGAAAAAAAAAUUAAUUAAACCGAAAAAAAAAUUUGUGCAAAGAGAAAUCACAAUCCAGUUUGAAAAAAAAAAUUAUAGUCAACUCUCAAAAAUUGUGACAAAAUGUAUGCUGAUGGGAUUACGCACAAAGGCCAAGGGUUUCUGGAAGCCGAUUACACCAAAGUGCUCGUCAAGCAGUUGGAUGAAAUAUUUGACGUUGAAACAUCUCCAUUCGCAAGAGGAAAGUUUGGCACAGUUCGACGUGCGGUACACAAGAAGACCGGUGUUCAGUAUGCUGCCAAAUUUUUGCGACGCCGGCGUCGUGAUCAAUGCUACACAAAGGAUAUAAAUCAUGAAAUUGCGGUACUGAUGUUGUGUGCAGACUCCAAACAUAUCAUCAAUUUGUAUGCGGUACACGAGACGCGAUUGGAGACGGCACUUGUUUUGGAACUGGUACAUGGCGGCGAACUCCAAACUUUGCUGGAUAUCGAAGGCUGCCUCACCGAAGAGCAGACAAUAAUUUGUUUAAGGGAAAUACUGAAAGCCUUACAGUACAUGCACAAACUUAAUAUCGCUCACUUAGAUGUAAAACCACAAAAUAUCUUGAUGAAUGGUGAAAAAGUUGAAGAUGGCUUGAAGUUGUGCGAUUUCGGUAUCUCACGUGUCAUCAACAAAUCCAGCGAAGUGCGAGAGAUUGUCGGCACCCCAGACUACGUCGCUCCCGAAGUAUUACAGUACGAUCCCGUCUCACUGCGCACCGACAUCUGGAGUGUUGGCGUCUUGGCGUACGUGCUACUGAGCGGAUGCAGCCCUUUCGCAGGCGAUACAAAGCAAGAAACCUUCUUGAAUAUUUCCAAAUGCAACUUGACGUUUCCCGAAGAUUUGUUCGAGACGGCAUCGAGUGCGGCAAUUGACUUUAUCACGGAAACGUUGCAAAUUAAACCACAUGAGCGAUUAAAUGUCGAAGAAUGUCUGUCGCACAAAUGGAUAAAAUCCUCCGAAAAUGGCACCGAGAGUCCCGCAUCGACGGAGUCAAGUGUCGAAAAACCUGUCGUCAUCGAAAACGAAGCGCCAACGUGUGAUAAACCGGAAAUUGUGAGAUCCAGUACACCGACUAACCAACUACCAGCGACUCCGCCGCGUCACGCCACGCCCAAAUCUGUCGAAAAGUUGAACGACAAGGAGAAUUUGCAUUGUACGCCGUUACGCAGCAACAUCCUGAGUCCGAGUGUCGAAGCCAGCGUCUUCCCGGAUGCCCCCACGACACCCAAAGUGAUACGAAAAGCGUCGCCGUUGUACUCCAAUCUGCGAAAAACAGCUGCGGUUUCCGUGAAUCCCGAUGCCGUUGACCUGAAUGGCAGUUUUGGCACGUCGCCGAUCGUCACAAUUGUCGUGCAACAACCCCUUUCGGCGGAAACGCUCUUCGACGAUCAACAGCAACUCGUACUUAACAACCGCAACACGAACGGAUGCCAACAACGGAUUUGCUCGCCCGAUUAACGUUUACUUUGCCUUCGACGUGUUGACGUGUACAAAGUUUUCAGAUCGGUCUUUUGCAUGUCCAUCUAAGCAAAUGUACACAAAAUUCACCUCUAAUCCUAAAAAAAUGAAAAAUUUUCAUAGUUAAGUGCUUGUACAUUUUUUUUCUUGUAAUAAUAUUUAAUUUAAUGAAAAAGUGUUUAAGGAACGAUGUGAACGAUUACCUAUUAUUUGUAUUACGGUAUUAUUAUUAAUUAAUAUUAUUAUUAUAUGUAACGCACUCAAAUAGUGCUUUAAUGUCUGUAAAAAAAUUUUUUUUUUGUUUGUUCCAUCAAAAAUUCAUCUCAAAAGUUCCCUAACGAGGCCUUAUUCUUCUUUUCCUUGGAUUUACGGAUUUUUUUUUCGAGUCUUAACUUCAAAAGGAAAAGAGAAAUGCACAAAAAUUCAUCACUUCGAAGCUUUUUUGAUACAAAAUCAUAGAAAAAUGCAAUCAAAAGUGCC